CUCACACCCACCGAGAUGGCAGCUUUGUCCGGGAGGAGUCAAGAGAUAUAGUUGAUAGGGCAACAAAUCUUAUUUCGGAGCGCGUCGGGGGGUCAUCAUCAUCCGACGCGACCCAUAAUAUUGAAGCUGAAGUGCUCGCUGAAUUGAUGGGCCCAGAGCGUUAUGGUCGAGUGAGGGGUUACGGCGUUGGAGUUACCCCCACUCAGUUGUCUUCAGUGGGCACAUAUACAAGAAAUGCCAGAGAAUCUGGUAACACUGCAGAAGUUCGUCGGCUUCAAGCAACUAUUGAUGAGUUGAAGCAAAACCAAGCAAAUUUGCAGUCUCAGCUUACGAAUAUUUCUUCCAUGUUACAACGGUUUCUCCCUUCUCAGAUUCCUGAUACUUCAAACGCUAGUAGAGAUGAUGAUGGAGCUGAAUCCCGUCCCUGAUGCAUUCUAGAUUAUCUUUUAUGAGUUUGAUAUGUAUAUGUUUCUGCUUUUUCAGAGUACAUUGUAAUUUGCUUUUUCAGAGUACAUUGUAAUUUGCUUUUUCAGAGUACAUUGUAAUUUGUAUGGCAGCUUUUCUGAUAUAUGAGUCAAAAACAUGGAGUUUUAAUCAGAUAUAUCAAUAUUCAUAUUUUGAAUGA